CUAGAUGGAGCCCACGCAAAGGAAAACGUACAGGGCAACAAACUAAUGCAACGAGUUUCGUCUAAUCAUAAAUGAUUCAAUAUUUUGCAGUGCGGAAACGCUCAAGAUACAUUCGAACGCACAUGAAUAUGUGCAUUGCACUAGUACAAACAACAUCCUGCAAACAAUCCUUUAAUAAUUCUCCAGUCUACAUUUAUGCCACUAUGUGGAUGAAUUAAUCUAUUAUUUAUUUAUCUAUUAGUUAUCUGAAAACGUUUGUAUGCUUUUUGGACUACUAUGCCCACAACCUCUUGCGCUAAGGAAAAGGAGGAGGGGUUUGAGAUGUACGAGGGGUUGCGGAAAUAAACGAGUUGGGAUUCGUUUCAGUAAAUGCUACGAUUAUCGUCGUCUUGAACGUGAUUAAACCGCGUAACCAAAUGAGCAAGGAAAACUCCAGGCGGAACAGUUGAAAUCCACGUGAUAUACUAUUGUAAAUAUGGAUUUUAUUAAAGUGGAGAUUGUGGGCAUUAGUGACCCAGAAACAUGGAGAAUAACGAAUGAACAUGCUGAGGAACAAAGAGACUUGAUGGAAGUGAAAGAGGAAAGUCAAGAACUGAAUGAUGUGGAGGAUGAACAUCAGUAUCAAAAACCUUAUAAUUUCAUUACUGGAGAAAAAUAUUUUAGUUGCUCACAGACUGACAAAAAUGUUUCUGAAAAAAUGACAAAAAUGGGAGCCAAAAAUUCCUUCACCUGUCCUCAGUGUGGCAAGAAUUUCACACAUAAAGGAAACUUCAACGAUCACGUAAGAAUUCACACUGGAGAGAAACCUUACACAUGCCCUCAGUGUGGGAAGAGUUUCACAUGUAAAGGACACCUGAAGACUCACAUGAGAGUUCAUACUGGAGAGAGGCCUUUCACAUGCCUUCAAUGUGGGAAGAGUUUCACAUAUAAAGGACACCUUAAGGAUCACAUAAGAACACAUACUGGAGAGAAGCCUUACACAUGCGAUCGGUGUGGAAAGGGUUUCAUACAAAAAGGACACCUUAAGGAUCACAUAAGAAUUCACACUGCAGAUAAGCCUUACACAUGUGAUCAGUGUGGAAAGAGUUUCGCACAAAAAGGAAACCUGAAGAUUCACAUGCGAACUCACUCUGGAGAGAGGCCUUACACGUGCCUUCAGUGUGGCAAAAGAUUCACAAAUCAAGGAAACCUAUUAAGUCAUAUGAAAAUUCAUUUGGUAGAAGAAAUACACACCUGUUCUCAGUGUGGCAAGAGUUUCACUGGGGCAGCACAUCUCAAAAAACACCUGCUCUAUCAUUCUGAAGAAAAGCCAUUUAACUGUGAUCAGUGCGGUCAAACAUUUAUUUUUGCAUCACUCUUAAAAAGACAUCUGAGAACUCAUGCAAAUGAGAGGCCCUAUGUGUGCUCUUUUUGUGGCAAACGUUUUCUAUGGCUCCACAAUUUAAAAGACCACCAUAAAAUACAUGCUGGUGUGAAAGCUCAUGUGUGCUUUGAGUGUGGGAAAGCCUUUACCAGAUCCAGCUAUUUGGAACAACACCAAAACAUCCACACUGGAAUAUCACCUUACAAGUGUUCACAUUGUGGAAAGAGUUUCAAACUCCCAGGAUCCCUGAAAGCACAUGUUGUAAGAGUGCACACUGGAGAGAAACCGUACCCCUGCCUGACAUGUGGGAAGAGUUUUAGCCAUUCAGGACACCUGAAAGCACAUGUGAGAGUGCACACUGGAGAGAAGCCAUACCACUGUGCUUCAUGUGGAAAGAGUUUCAGCCAAUCAAGUUAUUUACUGACUCAUAAAAGAAAGCAUUGUCGGUAUCACAGUGAGCAAAGUUCAUCUUCAGGUCCAACACUCUCAUGUAAAUAGUGUCAUCAGGGUACCCGAACUGUACAAUACUCGGCAAGGUCCAUUGUUCUCAAUCUACUGUUUAUCUGGUAUAUAAAAAGUUUUCCAAAAUCCUACUGCAAUUCGGAGCAUUCUCAACAUCAAGACUACUGCUCACAGUUUCCUGGUCGGAUCUUUGGAUUGCUGUUUUAAUAAACUUGUUUUCAAUAAACUGAUGCAUCUGGGUUGCAAACCCGUCUGUUGAGCCUGUUCCAUUGUAAACCAAACCUGACCUGAUGUUAUUUAUCUGUUGAUGCAUGUGGGGAUGCUGCCAAGUUUUAGGCCACGUCCACAUUGAUAGGUGUUCAUUUGAAAACGCAUCUUUAUCUCUACGUUUUGGCCUUCCGUCCACACUUCACGUUGUAGUGUGGACUGGGAAAACAGAGAUAUCUGAAAACAGUGACGUAUUUGUUGUCAUGUGAUGCAGUCAUGUGAUCCAUUCAACCAAAGCAAUCAAGAUGGUGGCCUGUGUUGUAGCGGUGUUGUUUAGCCUGAUUUUCACUUUGAUAGUGUUGUUAAAGAUAAAUGUUACUUUGUACAACAUUCCCAUUGCAGUCCUUCAAAAGCGAUGGGAAGUUUACGCGGAAUUGGUGUCCGGUGACAGAACACCAGGACAAAUGCGUUUCAGACCGUGAAGGCAGUACAGAUUUUUUUUUUUUUUUGCAUGCGCAGUAAGGGGCUUAAAGUGUUUUAUAUGUUUCAGUGUGGACGAGCAACUUUUGGAAAAUGCCUGAAAAUGGCAGUGUGGACGGAGAGCGUUUCAAAAACAAAAACGCUGUUUUCAGAUGUAUCUGGAUUAAUGUAGAUAUAGCCACAAUGGUAUACUGGAUGAUGGAUGUUUCAUUGAUUUAAAGAUAUCAAUAUUUGUAAAAUUGCAUGACCACCUUAUGUACUGUAGAGAUGUAAUAUAAAAUCACUGUCUUGCACAUAUUUAUAUUGAAGAGAUGUUGAUAACAUGGGGAUGGGAGGUGACUAUAAAACAUGGGGUAUCUAGCCCUGUUCCUGUAGGGCUGCCUUCCUGCAGAGUGUAGCUCCAAUCAGUGCACGAAGUGGUUCUGUAUGCGCCGGUACGCUGUACUGGCAAUGAUGUGCAAAUGAUGUAACCACAUCGCAUUUGAGGUGUAAACGCUAAUAGCAUUUACAUCAUUUGCACAUCAUUGCCAGUACAGCAUACCGGCGCAUUCAGAACUACUUCAGACAGCAGUAAAGCACCACCCCUCGCCUGUCAAUCAACUGCUGUGCUAAAACAAAACAAGACACACAAUAUACAGUUUAUAUAUGAUAUACGGUACUUAAGCUGCAUGGUUUGUGAAGAGCUAUUAAUAAACCAGUAACAGCUCCAUGAUAGGGUUGCAAUUCUGUACAGUUGUUUUAACAAAAUGAAAAUAAAAAACGUGGCUCAUUUGAUACAUGUGUGCGAUUCUACUGACUGUAUCCACGUCAGAGGAGAGGAUGUAGUAGGCUAUACGAAGAGGGCGCAUUUUAUUUUGCCGUUUGAUUACCUUGACUUGUACUGUACGGCGCUAUUAUGGUCCAUCCAGUCCUCCAAUCCAGUUUCUUCCAUUGUGGUCUUAAUUGAUCAGCAUAGAAACCAUAACACUCAUAGGACAGACAGUAUAUAACAAUGUCUUUCAACAAAUAUUGUCUUAAUAUAUAAACAUAUUGCCCAAAAUUAUUGAAGUAUUUCACAUAUACAACUUGCCAAGUGAGCUAAUUUCAGAAAUGUAAGAUGGCAUGUGAACAGAAUGUCUCACUGACCAUUCAGUUAGCGCUUUCCUUGUCAAAAUAAACGAGUCGUCCCUUGUCAUCCUAAGCUUAUAUUUUGGAGCGCAUUUUGCUGUCUCCAAAAGCUGAAUGAAACAGAGAUAUCCACAGGGCAGACAGGGACUAAAAAGUGGCCCUGGACUUUCUGAUCCAGAGCGGCCCAUCCAGGGGCAUCAGACCAGGGUUAAUGGUGGACCUGAGUAAUGGGCCCACACUGGACGGGGUCCCACUGAGAGUCAAUAUUGAUAUUCCAUGAUAUUAUCAUGAACCCGUUAUAUUAAAAACAUGCUAUUUGUAGGAAUAAAACCUUGCAAGACUUUGUUUUCCAUCUGUAAAGACAGGGUAUUUCCCCAAUCUGCUCUGUCUCCUCUUGUGUGAUCCCCCUCCCCAAAUACUGGAAAAUUAAAGUGGUUUGGUCCUCAAGUCCGCACUCGCUGCAAACUGAAUACACCUCAUGUAGGUCAUAAAUGAAGCUGUAAUCAGACUUAAAAUGAGCAAUGAGCGCAGACCGAGCGAGAGGUAGCAAACAGUUUAUGAGUUUCUUAUAGAAGAAAUGUCAGUCAUUCAUAUCAACGUAGCUACUUACCAGAGGCGAUUGCUUUAACACAACAGGGGAACCACAGCAUCCCUUAAAACUGUAUUAAAUUUGUACAAUGAUGUGUUAUCAAAUUGCAUAUAACUUCUCUAUAAUUCAGAUAAUUAUUGCCCCAGUUCAAUAUUUAAAGGGAUAGUU